AUGGGUAAUUCUCAGGGGAAGCCGGUGGCUUGCAACGAUGCGGUCAACCUCAACCACUUCCGCCUCCUGCGCGUGGUCGGCAAGGGUGCCUUUGGAAAAGUUCGUAUCGUGGAGAGGAAGGAUACUGGUUUGACGUUCGCCCUCAAGUAUAUUCGCAAAGAAGAGGUUGUCCGGUCGGAGAGUGUACGAAACAUCAUUCGUGAGCGACGAAUGCUGGAGCACUUGAACCACCCGUUCCUUUGCAACUUACGGUACAGCUUCCAGGAUAUGGAAUACAUCUACAUUGUGGUGGACCUGAUGAAUGGCGGCGAUCUUCGGUUUCAUAUUUCGCGGAAGUCUUUCACCGAGGAGGCAGUGCGAUUUUGGAUGGCAGAGCUGGCUUGUGCCCUGAGGUAUAUCCACUCGCAGGGCAUUAUUCAUCGUGAUCUCAAGCCCGACAAUGUGCUGCUGGAUUCGGAGGGACACGUUCACUUGGCUGAUUUCAAUGUGGCGUCAGACUUCCGACCGGGGAAGCCUCUCACGAGCAAGUCGGGAACAUUGGCUUAUCUUGCACCAGAAGUGUAUGAAGGUGGCGGUUACUACUUUGAAGUCGAUUGGUGGUCUUUAGGUGUUACCUUCUAUGAGUGCAUUUACAACAAGCGACCAUUCGAAGGACGCAGUCAGGAGACACUCAGCGAGAACAUUAAGAGAGCGCAGCCAAAGUACUAUGUCACCAAUCCCGCCGUGUCCGUCCCCUGUCUUCGGGCCUUGGCGGCAUUGAUGGAGAAAGACCGCAGUCGGCGUAUUGGCGCCAUCGGCUUCGAAAGUUUCACCUCGCACAUGUUCUUUGCCGAUAUCGACUUUGAUGCACUCGAGCGGAAAGAGUACUCUCCAGUUUUCCGUCCCUCCAGCGACAAAACCAACUUCGACGCGACCUAUGAUCUGGAGGAAUUACUGUUGGAAGAGGCACCCCUGGAGGCUCGCGCUCGUCGACAAAAGCCACGCGCGGAACUGCGGGAAGAUGCAACCGCCAAGGAGGUUCGCGAGGAUGAGCUCCAUCGCCUGAUCGAGACGAUGUUUGAGCCAUUCGACUAUACUCUGGCUAGUUUCCAAGGCAAUGCUGCGGAAGCUAUCGCUGCGUCAACUAACCCCGAAGACUGCCUUCCAAUUGCUACCGCCACAUCUACUUCUCAUUCCCGUCAAAUUUCACAACCCGAUUCCUCCGCUCGGAACUCAUCCCCACCACAGCAUGAGCGUUCCUUCCACGCCAUCUCCCACAAUGAUAAUCUGACAGGUGUCAGCGAGAACCUCGAUCCGAAUGACUCGGUCUCCGGUCCCCAACCACCCUCACCCUCGACUCGUGCCUCGCCCUCACCCCCCGCCUCCACCUAUGCCUCCAGCCCCGUCUUUCCACCGCCCAUUGCCCCCGGCGCCUCGUCCUGGCGGAAAAUGAGCAAGGGUGGCGGUGUACAAAUGGUCCUGGAGGAAGCGGGCAGCUGGAGCGAGCUCGCUGAUCACAGCUCUACUCUCCCGGCCGAAGGCUUCGAGGGUGCGGGCAAGGGCAAGCAAGCCAACAGCGGCAUGCUCUCGUUCCUGAGCAGGAAGAAGGGCCGCGAUCGCAGCCCCAAGCCUACCGAGCCAGGUGUUCUGGGCAAGGAAGGUGCCCGACAGAUCAUCAGCUGA